AUUUUAAGUUUAUGCAGCCGAUGACGUAUGCGCGUGCUCUCUUACUCUAAUGCUAAACCGAUCCGACGCAGAAAGAUGUGGCGUUGGCUGUGGAAUUUCAGCCGCGGAGUGAGAUCACCUGGAGAAGCGGUUGCCAGCCUUUUCCGCUCCCGUCUUCAGGAGGGGGAAUCCUUGCUUCUCGUCCAGGAGUUUACGCAGACAGAUAACAGCUGGCAUGGCAAGCAUCAGCAACACAAAACCUUUGGAGACAGGAAUGUCUACUGCUAUACUCCAUUAGAAGCCUUUACUUGGAAUACACUGGCUGAUCUUGCUUUGGAAUUAACCAAACAGGCACAUUGGCUGCAUUCUGUUCAACCAGAUAGAAGAAACACUAAAGUUUAUCAGUCAGAGCCACGGAAUGCUGAUUUGUCCCAAUGUCAUCAAUCAGGGAAUUUUGUCUUUUCAUCUAGUACCAGCUUUGAAUCAGAUUCUUUCCUAUUGGAUUUGAAGACCAAUUUAGAAGAGGAAGAAUUAGUUAAAGAAGCUGCUUCUCAAAUGCAAGAAACAUUUCAAGCCAGCAUUUCAGUAGCAUCUAACAUCCUUGGACUUGAAAACUUACAAGAUGAACAGUACAAAAUGGCUUUUUCCUGUUUCAAAAUGGCUGCAGAUCACAACUAUAGAAGAGCCCAAUACAAUGUAGGAUUAUGCUAUGAACAUGGAAGAGGCACCACAAAGGAUAUGACUAAGGCAAUCCUCUAUUAUCAGCGGGCGGCUCAUCAGGGACACCUCUUGGCCCAAUACCGCUAUGUUAAAUGGCUUUUCUGUUGCUGGUACAAAGCAGCUACGCAGAACCAGAAUGAAUUACCACUGAAAGAAAGAACCUCUCUGUCCAGCCCUUGCCUUCAAAGCCUUGGUCAGCCACUGAGUGCUCACUUGGGACAGCCAGCUGUCGGCUUGCUUCACUCAUGGAGUAUAGGACAUCUGGAAGAUAUGGCAGAUAAUUGUGAACUGCAAUCGUAUUUGGGGUUAUCUGAUGAAGUCUCCAUCGAACUACAGCCUUUACCCUGCUGUUCAGAAAAAAUAGUUGAUUAACAUGGAUCAUGAGGAAACUUCCUUUUCAGAAACUUGAAAAAAUAUAGUUAUGGUCCUAGCUUACUUUUUAUAAGAUUAAAAUCAGAUAGGCAUUUUGAAGUUAUAUUUAAUUGUCUCAUAAAUGUAUAAUUUCUUACCUGGUACUGAGGUAAGAAGUUGUUACCAUUGAAUAUUAUAACCAACCCAGCUUGAAUGUACUAUUUUAUCCUAAAAAAAUCUGUUCUCACUAACCUCAGGAAAGUAUAAAUAUUAAUAUGCUAUAUGAAAACUUUUCUACGAACUUGAAAAAUAGUCACCAAGCCUUCAUUAAAUGUUUUGGGGAAAAUUUGUACUCAGUGUUUGAACUGAACAUUCUCAUUAAAUCAGACCAUGAAAAUGUUACAUCCAUAAAAAUGUAUUGAUGGGGCUAAUCUCAUAUGGUUUUCAAACCUAAGAAACAGGAUUUUCUGGAUGCCUAGAAUUUAGUGGUAACAUUUAGUUUGAUUCCAAAAGGACAUUGAAAGAUCUUGAAACAAUAUGAAAUAUUGUUGUAAUGAAAAAGUUAUCCAAUUAGGAAAUUCAUAAAGCACACAGAGGUACAGGUAUAAGAAACAAUUCUUAAACUGGUUUGAAAUAGAUUGAUACUAUGGACAGAAAUAAUCUAAAUUACUGAUAGCAUUAAUAGCACUUAUAUACUGCUUCAUAGUACUUUAUACCCCUCUCUAAGCAGUUUACAGAGUCAGCAUAUUGCCCCUAACAAUCUGAGUCCUCAUUUUACCGACCUCAGAAGGAUGGAAGGCUGAGUCAACUUUGAAUCAGUCAGGAUUGAAUUGCUGGUAGUUGGCAGAGUUAGCCUGCAAUAGUGCAUAUUACCACUGUGCCACCGCAGAUUCAAUUUAUGAUGCUCUCAUAAAUAGCAUUUAUAAAGAAUUCAGUAACUGAAUGUAAAAUAUAUGACUUUAUAGGCCUACUGUGGCAUAUUAGGCAUGCUAUAAUAUUUAGUGUGGUCAUUGGAAUGUUUUUCCUAAAAAACAAUGCUGCAAAAAUGGAAUGUAUUAGAAAAAAUUGAAUUUGCAUUCUUCAGAAUUUCAUAUUGUUAAAAAUGAAUACUACCAGCAAUUUCUAACAGAUAAAUUUUCUUAUCUAUAUAGUAUGACUUCUGCUUCCAUGCCAUUCCUUCAAUAACCAAAUGGUUUACAUCAGUAA